AUGGAUCGAAAUGGCUAUUUUUCUAAUCGUCUGCACCAUCUCUAUAACGAUUUCGCCACCUCCUUUACCACAACAUAUUCUUCCUGCCUCCCGCCUCUUCAUAUUUCUGUAACCUUCUCCUCAUUACCGUUCCCCUCUUUCUUACUGUUCUUUCAUUUUCUUUCUUUUUCUCCCGUUCUUCUCUCUAUUUCUUUGAUUCUCUUUUUUUUUUCUAUCUUACUCGAUUUUCACUCACCUCCUCGUUUUUCUUUUUUUUAUUUUCCUGUGUAUUUCUCUUUUUCUGUAAUUAAGACAUCUUUUUGCAUUUCUGUUAGUAUUUUAUUUACAGCACCUUCUUAUUUCACACUUCUUUCUUUCUUUGCAACUACUUUUUCUCUCUUAAAUACUUUAGUUUCUUUUUCUUUCUUAGAUUUUACUUUCUGUCUUUCUUUCAACAUGUUUCCUACUCGCUUCUCAUUCCCUUUCUUUCUAUUUUAUAUUCUUUUAGUCCUUUUCUUUCUUACUUGCUUGCUUUCUUUGCGACUACUUUUUCUCGCUCAAAUACUUCAAUUAAUUUUUCAGUCUUAUUCGUUCUUUCCGUUUUUUUCUUUUAUUUUUUUUAGUUCUUUCUUUCUUUCUUUUGAACUACAUUUUUCUCUUUAA